AUGCCCUGUUAUGAAAUGGUGAGCUGUUUCCAAUGCUCUACUUGUGUGAUCACUUGGAUAUCAGGUGCAAUUUGCCCCCGAUGUUACUCACUAAAAUCAAGAUUUGGUGAUCCGAAACCGUGUACGAUUUGUCAACUCCCGAUGGCAUUCGGUAGUGCAUUGGUCUGUCAACGUUGUCUGCAUUAUCGCACAAAGUUUGGUGAUCCCAGACAAUGUGAAAAAUGUCUCCAUAUGUGCGCAUUUUAUAAGGACGAAGUAACUACCCUUUUAUUCCCAUUUACUUUACAGCAUUUAAUUAAAGAUUUAAGCGCCGUCAAGCGCCCAAAAGCUGAGGAGUAUACCAGUAGACACACUUCGAACCGUUCUGGGAACUCUACCAAUUAUAGGUAUGUUGCUACAGCGCCCUUUGUAUUCCGCAUGCAUUUUCUUCAAACUUCUUAUCUCGGUUAG